UAUACAUACUUAAUGUUUUUUAAAAUUAUUUUAAGUAAUAUUAAAUGUAUCUAUUUUCAAUUAAUUUCAUAUAUUUUACAGGCCAACUUUUCUAAUUUAUAUUUUAGAAAAAUUAUUUUACAAGAAUGAGCGAGGUUCGAAAAAUUAUUGAGGGGAUUAAAUAUUGUUUGGAGGAAGGUCAAUCGUAUCAAUUAACUUCAAUUAGAAGCGGCAAUGUGCCUGCUGACAUCAACAAUAGGAAGUCUGUAAAAGUAAACCUUCCACAAGAGAAUCUGCUUGAUGUGUUCAAAUUUCUUGAUUUUGAUCAAUUAUUGUCUUUCCAACAAACAAGUUUUUAUUUCAAAAAUAUUGUUGAUAAAUAUGGAAAGGAAUUGGCUAGGAAGAAAUUUAAGUGGCUUGGAUUUUGUAGUAUUUCUGACCUUAAAUGGGGGGAAAAUAAUUUUGUUGAAAUACCUCCUCAUCUUUAUGAUUUUAAAUUAAGUAAAAGACUUGAACAAAAGUGGAUACGUGGAAUAGAAAAUGGAAUUUCAACGUUUUUAACAUCAGUUGAGUAUGGAUAUGGAAACAUAGACACAGUUGUUUGUGAAUUGAAAGAAGAUACUUACGGGUGGAACAGAGGAUUAUAUUAUAUAAAAUUGCCAAAGCUUCCAAAAAAUCUAGAGGAAAUGGCUAUUGCUCGUUAUUUAUUCAAACUAAUUUUUAAUUGUGCUUUCGAAUAUUAUGAAAAUCAUGAUAUGAUUCGAAUUAAUCCACAAAUGAUUGACUUAUUGUUUGACUAUGAUAAUGAAACAACAAAUUUUCCUUUACAAAUACAUUUACAAGGGGCAGAACUUACUCUUCGUUGCCAUACUUCUUUAUAUUUUAUGUGGAAUUUUCUAGUUUCUAAUUAUUGUGGUGUUUAUAUUAAUUUCAUUAAUGAAGAAAGAAGUAUGGACAUUUUAUGCAAAAUUUUGACAGAAGGAGGAAAUAAAUUUUUGAAUAUUACUUUUUAUCAACUUCACUCUACUCUUUACAAUUUUAUUAUAAAGCAUAUAGAAACGUCGCAAGAAAUUACAAAAAUGGUGAAAGAAAUUGAAUUGCAAAAUAUCUCUGGACCGCGAAUUUCAAGUGAAAGAGCAGAAAAUAUUAAAGUCGAAAUUAAUGAAAAACUGAAAUUUACAACCUUUCAACUUGUCAAUAAACACAAUUCAAAAAUUAAAUUUUCUGUGUCAAUUAAAGAAGAUGAAGACCAGUCUGCUCAUGUGGAAGGUGGUAAUCGUGUGUUAACACGUGAGGCUAUAAUUAAAAGAAUUGAUUGAGAUAAUUUUGUUUGUAGACUUAUUGCUAGGUUUGUGGUAAUUUAAUUUAUUUUUCCAUUUAUUAAAAAUUUUUUGAGUACUUUUC